CAAACCACUCCCUCCUACCACCAUUCCCAAUCGCAAACGCAAAACAUCCAAGAUGGGCAAAGAUAAAUCCAGCUCCAAGGACUCGUCCAAGAAAGAAAAGAAGGAAAAGCGCAGCGAGAAAGACGGCGUCAAGAAGUCCAAGAAGGACAAAAAGUCCAAGCUCAAUGGUGAGAAUAUCGCCGCUGCGGUCGCGGAGGUGACGAAGGAGAAGGAGGAGAGCGACGAGGAAGAGGUCGUGGUCAAGGCAGUUGCAGUCAAAGGAGAUGACAUGGAUGUGGUGGUGGCUCUGAAGCCUGUGGGUGCGCUGGUGCCUUUCGCUGCUCCGUUGGCGGAUGAGAAGGUUGCAAAGAAGGUGCUCAAGGGCGUUAAGAAAGGUUGGUUCUCUCUUUCCAUUCCAUCUCUUUUCCCGGGACUCUCAAAUAUCUGGGCGAUUCCAAUUGACCAUAUCCAUUCUAACUAUUUUCGCGUCUUAGCCGCAAAGAACAAGACUCUCAAACGAGGAGUCAAGGAAGUCGUCAAGGCCCUCCGAAAGUCCCCACAAGGCGCCCCAGCUUCAAUUCCCGGAAUCGUUGUCCUUGCUGCCGAUAUCUCACCUAUGGAUGUCAUCUCCCAUAUCCCAGUACUGUGCGAAGACCACAACGUACCAUACAUCUUCGUCACCUCGCGCGCCGAGCUGGGAGCCGCUGGAAACACCAAGAGACCGACUAGUGUGGUGAUGGUCAGUGAGAAGAUCAGCGGGAAGAAGGGUGAGAAGGUUGAAGUGGACGCGGAAUUCGCAGAGGUGUACAAGGAUUUGUUGAAGACAGUUGAGAAAGAGGCAAGAAAUAUCAGGGUAUAAAAUCCUUAGAAGGGUGCAUGGGCCUGGGUUAGUGCAGAGGAUGUGUAGAUGGGCGGAUGGAUCUACGAUUGAUGUAGAGUUUGGUCUCCCUCUUUUGUUUUUGACACUUAGGGGGCGGUGUAUCAUACCAACUGGCGAGUCUCU